CCGCGAUCCGGCAAGGGGGGGUAAAAAAGGAGCCAGCCCACCAGCCCCGGCAUACCUUCUGUAGCAACUUUUCUUGUCACCAGCCUCCAUCCGCGCGCCAUGUCAUAACACCCCUCCGCUCCGCCGUCCACGACCGCAAAAACACACGCAUACCCCCCGAACAAACACCAUGGACAUCGACGAUAUCCUGCGCGAGGUCGACCCCGUCUCGCACUCCGUCCCCUCCGAGACGCGCGACCUACAGGCCUUGACGCGCGCCUGGGUGGCGGAGCGCUCCUCCCCAGAGCUUUUAGAAUGGCCCGCAGACGACCUCUUUGAGCGCGUCAACGACCGCAUCAAGCGCCAGAUCGAAAAAGUCGAGGACAUGACGGGCGACAUGGACCCCAAGACCAACUUCGCCCUCAUUGUCAUCCAGACCGAGCUCGAGCGCUUCAAGUUCCUCGUCCGGAGCUACCUCCGCGCCCGCAUCGCAAAGAUCGACAAGCACGCCCUCCACUAUCUCUCUUCGCCCGCCCUCCGCGCCCGCCUCUCCUCGACAGAGCUCGCCUACGCCACCCGACACCAGGCCCUCCUGCACAACCACUACCUCUCCUCCUUCCUCUCCUCCUUCCCGGCCCAGCUCCAGAACCUCAACGACACGGCCGGCAACAUCAGCAUGAUCGAUGGCCCGGACCUCGACACCGCCGUCUUCGUCCGCCUGCUGCGCGACGUCGACGUCCAGGGCAGGGGCACCGACUCGGACGGCGUCGUGGUGGGGAGGGAGGGGGACAUCCUGAUCCUACGGUGGUCCAGCGCCAAACCGGUCGUCGACGCGGGCGACGCCGAGCUUGUUUGAUGGGGAGGGGGGUUAUCACCGUCCAUCGCCAUGCGCGGAAGGAACAAGAGCAUAUACCCAAAUGUCCCCCCGGGGUGGGAAGUUAUGGGUCCGCAAGGCAACGUGGCGGCUGCGUCAAGACUGCGGCAGCAAACCGGGACAGCCAACCCCACGGGCUGUCGAGUAGCAACCCAAGCCCGGCUCUCUGCGUCGGAAAUUACCUGCACCCAAAGCUCCAGGGGCGACCUUACCCCACUUGACUCCGUGCGGGACGGGGAGAGCGAGAGACGCGGGCCUGGUCCACCUCAUUGCCGCCAAGAAGGCCGUGUGCGGAGCAAGGUGUCUUCAGGCCUUCGAGAGACGAGCCAGAGGCCGUUAUCAGACGUUGGGUUCGGGGAUGCGAUCCCGGAGGAUUCCUGCCUGCCUGGUGAUGUCCGAACAUGGUCCGGGCAUCGUUACGUUGCCUAGGGCAUCUUUCCGAGAUCAGCCCAUGUCGAGGACGGAUACCAAGGUCGCGGCCCACGUGAAAUGUAGCACACUUCACGAACAUAUAUACCCAGGUCAUGAGGCUGCAUUGGAAGAGUUACGUGCCGCAGGUUCCGUUCAGGAAAGCGACUGUCACUAUAUAUAACGCGGGUCCAUGCGCAAGGAAAUAAAACGAUGCAUCUCUUUUCGGAGAUCGGGCAUGUACCCAUCUACGUCAUUUCUCUCGCUCUCUCUCUCUCUCUUUUCUAAUAGCAAGACUGACUCCUAAGUGAUCUCGGCUAUGAGUCGCUUUUUCCGAUCAAGUAAGACUCUGUAUCUCGCCCAUGCAUGCAUCGCUUGCGUGAAAAUGAAACUAAUAAGAGGGUCAUCCCAACCCAAAAUGACAAAAUAUUCAUCCCAAAAGACCACCGAAUAAAACGCCGGUUCAUAUGAGCGGUGCCCGAAGGUUCCGUUCCAUUCGGUCAACACGCUCAUCCAAUCCACACCAUCCGAUUCCAGUGCCUCUUCCCAGUUCAUCGUUUCGUCAUUAUCUCGUUUGCCCUUCGUGGCCAACAUCACCACCCCUGAAGCACCAAAUCAAAUCCCUUAAAACGCGUACGCGUUGCCCAGUCCCAAGAACCCGGCCCCGCCAAUCCCCCGAGUCUCACUGUUCCGCCGGCUGCCCCCGGGCACGAUGACCAUGCCCCGGUCGUUCUCGAGCCUCAGCAGCACUUGCGACGGCCGCCGCUCGAGCCGGCCCUGCUUUUGCAGCGCGGCGAA